UAAUGUUUAUAUUUUAUUUUCCAUCAGGCAUCGCGUUGGCCAGCUGUGCGGCGCCCGAGGACCCAACGGGCCGAUCGUUGAUCGGUUGCACCCCCCCGGUGAACCGCAGUCCCCGGCAACGCGCAGGUUCUCGGCGCCUCCCGAAGGUUUUAGUUGCAAAAAGUAAUUACUCCCGGACUGAACGGAAACCGGUUCCUGGGGGAAGGGAUCCGCCUUUUCGUUGUGGAAGUUUGGAGAAACUUUCCUCCUGGCGGAGUCCGCGGCCGGAAAAGACUGAAGCCAAGCGGUCAUGAAGUAGAGGAGCGAGCGGAGUCAGGCUUUGGGCCUGCGUUAGCGUUAGCAUUAGCUAGCCGAGCUAGCCUAUGUGGAGCUGUUUGCAUUGGCCGCCGUGCUAACUAGCUAGGUGCUAUUUUUAUUAGCAUAACAAACGGCAAAUCGCAUCUGCUAGCUUGUUUUCAUACGGAUGCUUUGACGGAUCCUGCCUUUGCCACCUACAGUUACACGUUUUGUAAAGUUAUGCCAAGUUUUUAGUUUUAUUUCCAGCUACACAUUCGUUGUGAAAGAAGACAAACCAACGACCACUUUUGCUUAAGUAACAAAGUCGAGCUUUUGAUUCGUGCUUUGGGGUGAUUUAUAUUGAAAAGCCAUUGAUUUUAUUGGAUUUUUUUGCUUUGGAUGUUGAGGAUUACACCUCGGAUAGACGUCGCCCAGUCUCUCUGCCCCUCCACUGGACAGAAGUUAACAUUUCAAGUCCUCUCCGGCCCGUCCCGCCGGACCUCGUCCCCCGUCUUUGGCUGGCUCCAGUGGCUGGCCACCCGGCACUGAGUGCCCAAUGGAGGACCAUGACAACAUGGACUAUUUUUACCAGCAGGUACAGCAGAAAGACGUUAGCCGCAGACUGCAGGUCGGCCAGGACCUCAUUGAAUACCUGAACGACCCUCACCGCUCCCCGGACGUGGAGCAGGACAAAGCCCGCCUGGAUAAGACCAUCGAUGAGCUAACGGGAUGGGUGAACGCCAGCAAUUUCAAGGUGGCGUUGUUGGGAAUUGACAUCUGUGGUGCGUUUGUGGACCGCUUGGGAGAGCGCUUCAAAGGAUACCUCGGCACAGUGUUGCCGGCGCUGGUGGACCGGCUGGGCGAUGCGAAGGACCAGGUCCGGGAGAACAGCCAGAGCCUCAUCCUGCGCUGCAUGGAGCAGACGGCCUCCCCCGCGUAUGUUUGGGAAAGGCUGCUUCCUGGCUUCAAACACAAAAACUUCCGCAGUCGUGAGGGGAUCUGCCUCUGUCUCAGCGCCACCAUCGGCACGUUUGGAGCCCAGUCGCUCGGCCUCAGUAAAUUAGUUCCUCAUCUCUGCUCUCUGAGCGGAGACCAAAACCCACAGGUGCGUGAGGCCUCCAUUACCACCCUGGUGGACGUGUACCGGCACAUCGGAGAGAAGGUCCGGGUGGACCUGGGGAAGAGAGGCCUCCCAGCUGCCCGGUUACAGACGAUAUUCACUCGCUUUGAUGAAGCCCUGAAUUCAGGCAACAUGGCUCUCAGCCCAAGUCACGAUCGUAGUUUUGACGAUGACGACAGCGUGGACGGACGCUCCUCCUCGGCCCAGGCUGCCUUCAAGGUCCCCAAAGUCCCCAAGAAACCGGCCGAGUCCUCGGCCGCCCGCCGGCCCAGCGCCACCGGCGGGAAACUAGUGUCGAAGGAAAGUGCCGGAGUAAUCGAUGAGGAGGAUUUCGUCAAAGCUUUUACGGACGUCCCCACUGUCCAGAUCUACUCUGCCAGAGACCUGGAGGACAACCUCAACAAGAUCCGGGAGAUCUGCUCUGACGACAAGCACGACUGGGACCAGAGAGCCAGCGCUCUGAAGAAGAUCCGCUCGCUGCUGGUGGCCGGCGCCGCCAACUACGACUGCUUCUACCAGCACCUGCGGCUGCUGGACGGCGCCUUCAAGCUGUCGGCCAAAGACCUGCGCUCGCAGGUGGUCCGGGAGGCCUGCGUCACCGUGGGCCACCUGUCGUCGUUGUUGGGGAAUAAAUUCGACCACGGAGCCGAGGCCAUCGUCCCCGUCCUCUUCAACCUCAUCCCCAACUGUGCCAAAGUCAUGGCCAGCUCCGGGGUCUCGGCCAUCCGCAUCAUCAUCCGACACACCCAUGUCCCCAGACUCAUCCCGCUCAUCACCAGUAACUGCACCUCCAAGUCUGUGGCCGUUCGGAGGCGCUGUUACGAUUUCUUGGACCUUCUCCUACAAGAAUGGCAAACCCAUUCCCUGGAAAGGCACACUUCUGUCAUGGUUGAGAGCAUCAAGAAGGGAAUUCGAGAUGCUGACUCGGAGGCCAGAGUAGAAGCCCGCAAGGCGUAUUGGGGUCUAAGGAACCACUUCCCAGCAGAGGCCGAUGCGCUCUACAACUCGCUGGAGCCCUCGUACCAGAGGACGCUCCAGUCCUUCCUGAAGAGCUCCGGCAGCGUGGCCUCACUUCCCCAGAGCGAUCGCUCGUCCUCUUCUUCUCAGGAGAGCCUCAACCGUCCUCUGACUCCCAGGGGGUCAGGGCCCCCGGGCGGGUCCCUGCCGGCUCUAAGGCCGGGGUGUCGUCGGCCUCCCUUCAGCGUUCCCGUAGCGACGUGGACGUAAACGCAGCAGCGGUUGCUAAGCAGCGGCACGUCGGGCAAACCCGGGGGGCGGGGCGCCUGCCCCCCGGCUCCUACUCCUCUCUGGGCCGCGUGCGCACCAAGCAGCCCCUGACCACGGCCAGCAGCAUGUCCAGCCAGGUGGACUCCCGAGGCCGCAGCCGCUCCAAGAUGGUCUCCCAGUCCCAACCGGGCAGCCGGAGCGGCUCCCCGGGCCGCGUGCUGACCACCACGGCUCUGAGCACCAUGAGCUCCGGCGCCCACCGGGUCCUGGCCGGGGCCACCGGGGACGGGCACCGCCGCAGCCGCAUCCCCCGCAGCCAGGGCUGCUCCCGGGACUCCUCCCCCACCCGCCUGUCCGUCGCUCCUUCUAGCAUUAGCUCCAUCUACAAUGGCGCGAGCAGAGGAGCUCGGGGCAGUCGAAUCCCCCGGCCCAGUAUGAGUCAGGGCUGCAGCAGAGAGGCCAGCAGGGAGAGCAGCCGGGACACCAGCCCCGUUCGCUCCUUCACACCCCUCGCCACGCGGAGCUACUCUCGCUCCACUGGAGCUCUCCACACACCUGAUGCUUUUGGGGCUGCAGGAUCAGGAUUUGGCAUCAGUCAGUCCAGUCGUCUCUCUUCCUCAGUCAGUGCGAUGAGGGUCCUGAACACGGGCUCCGAUGUGGAGGAGGCUCUGGCCGACGCGCUGCUGUUGGGAGACAUGAGAUCUAAGAAGAAGCCGGCCCGGCGGCGGUACGAGAACUACGGCAUGUAUUCGGACGACGACGCCAACAGCGACGCGUCCAGCGCCUGCUCGGAGAGGUCCUACAGCUCCAGGAACGGGGGCGCCAUCCCCACCUACAUGCGGCAGACGGAGGACGUGGCCGAGGUGCUGAACCGCUGUGCUAGUGCCAACUGGUCUGAGAGGAAAGAGGGUCUACUGGGUCUGCAGGCGCUGCUCAAGAACCAGCGCACCCUCAGCCGGGUGGAGUUAAAGCGGCUCUGUGAGAUCUUCACCCGGAUGUUUGCAGACCCUCACAGUAAGGUGUUCAGUAUGUUCCUGGAGACCCUGGUGGACUUCAUCCAGGUGCAUAAGGACGACCUGCAGGACUGGCUCUACGUGCUGCUGACUCAGCUGCUGAAGAAGAUGGGAGCAGACCUGCUGGGCUCCGUUCAGGCCAAAGUUCAGAGAGCUCUGGACGUCACCAGAGAGUCUUUUCCCAAUGAUCUCCAGUUCACCAUCUUAAUGAGGUUCACUGUGGACCAGACGCAGACGCCCAGCCUGAAGGUGAAGGUGGCCGUGCUGAAGUACAUCGAGACGCUGACGCUACAGAUGGAGGCCCCCGACUUCGUGAACUCCAGCGAGACUCGGCUAGCCGUGUCGCGCAUCAUCACCUGGACGACGGAGCCCAAGAGCUCGGACGUCAGAAAGGCCGCCCAGUCGGUGCUGAUCGCCCUGUUCCAGCUCAACACGCCCGAGUUCACCAUGCUGCUCGCAGCUCUGCCCAAAACCUUCCAGGAUGGAGCCACCAAGCUGCUUCAGAACCACCUAAAGAACACGGGCAACGCGGCACAGGCUCAGAUGGGCAGCCCUCUGACGCGCCACACGCCCCGCUCCCCGGCCAGCUGGUCCAGCCCCGUCACCUCGCCCACCAACACCUCCCAGAACACCCCGUCACCAAGUGCAUUCGACUACGACACAGAAAACAUGAACUCCGAGGACAUCUACAGUUCCCUGAAAGGCGUCACUGAGGCCAUUCAGAACUUCAGCGUUCGCAGCCAGGAGGACAUGAACGACCCGCUGCAGCGGCGGGACGGAGAGGAGGGCGGCAGUGGGACGGAGGUGAUGGACGGCGGCCGAAUGGCUCUGGACAACAAGACCCUGGACCAGUCGGAGCUGGUGGCGGAGCUGCUGAAGGAACUGUCCAAUCACAACGAGCGCGUGGAGGAGAGGAAGUCUGCGCUGUGCGAGCUGCUGAAGCUGAUCCGCGACAACACCCUGCAGGUCUGGGACGAGCACUUCAAGACCAUCCUGCUGCUGCUGCUGGAGACCAUGGGCGACAGAGAGCAUGUGAUCAGGACACUGGCCUUGCGGGUGCUGAGAGAAAUUCUCAGCAAGCAGCCUUGGAGGUUCAAGAACUAUGCAGAGCUCACCAUCAUGAAGGCCCUGGAGGCCCACAAAGACCCCCACAAAGAGGUGGUUCGGGCCGCGGAGGAGACGGCGGCCAUGUUGGCGCUCUCCAUCAGCCCGGAGCAGUGCAUCAAGGUGCUGUGUCCCAUCAUCCAGUCGGCCGACUACCCCAUCAACCUGGCGGCCAUUAAGAUGCAGACCAAAGUGGUGGAGAGGGUCCCCCGCGAGGGCCUGGCCAGCAUGCUGCCCGAGAUAGUGCCCGGCCUCAUACAGGGUUACGACAACUCUGAGAGCAGCGUGAGGAAAGCCUGCGUGUUCUGCCUGGUGGCCAUCUACGCCGUGAUAGGAGAGGAGCUCAAACCGCACCUCAGCCAGCUCUCCAGCAGCAAGAUUGAGCAACCGGGGCCAGUACCUGGAGUUUUAUUUCACACGGACACGCUGAGCAGAAAGGUGCUGAUAAUGCUCAGAGACCUGCCAGAGCCUCGCGGCCCACGGACCACUAUCGACCGGACAGAGAAAGGGAAGACGGGAGUAAACACGAGCCGGGUCAACACUGACAUGACUCCUGCGCGUGGGCUCCGCGUGGAGCUGGUCGGUACCGGACACAGAGCUGAGUGA